AUGUUCAAACGCGCGUUCCGGCAUCCUGCCGUCGCACCGGGGGAGUCACAGCACCGCGUGGACAAGUCGGCGAGGCUGACGAAGCGGGGCGGUGGAAAUGGGGCGGGAGGCGGAAGCUUCACCGGGUCUUCCGCGCGGGAGGCCCAGAAACUGUCGAGACUGCAGCGGUCGCUCUCUCAGGUUGGUGGUGAUGUGCUGGCGGCUGGCGGCGGGCCUCCGGCCCCCGCCACGCCGUCGCCCAUUGUUACGCUGACCGUCGGCCGCGAAGGGCGACUGUUUGCCGCGCACGAGGACGUGUUGUGCCAGAGCCCUUUCUUUGAGGCGCUCUGUCGACGCAGCCCGUACAAUGGUGCCGUGCAACCGGGAUACAAUUCCAGUCCGGACCCGUCCGGAGUCAACGGCAGACGGAUCGCGCUGCCGGACGAGGAGCCAGAAAUCUUUUCUGCCGUGUUGGAGUACCUCUACAAGGGCGACUACUACCCCCGCUUGCUGCACAGCAAGCACCGCAACUCUUGGGAGCUCGAAGACUCCGCACCGCAGCAACCCCAUCGCGGGACCACGCCGAUUGCGUCCCCCGAUUUGAGCCACCUUCACGGAGGUGGUCGUACCCCAGGCGGCUCGCCCUACACGGGCUCUGUCCCGUCGGUCGAGGCCACCGUGUACCUGUCGAGUGAGGGCCAGCACCUGCUCCGGGACACCGUCAUCUACUGUGCCGCGGACCGGUACGGGCUCGAGGAGCUCAAGCGCCUCGCCCUGCGCAAGCAAGGCCUGCAGAGUGGCAUCGACGUCGGUACCAUUCUGCGGAGUGCCCAGUACUGCUACGCACACACCCCCGACUCCGACAGCCGCCUACGGGCUCACUACUUGGCGCUGAUCAUCCGCUGCCGCAAGACCUUCAAGCGCAGCGGCACGAUGCAGGCCGAGAUGGAGAAGAGUGGAGAGGGCGGCAAGUUGUUCUUCGACCUGUUCGUCGCCAUGUGCAACCACCUGGACGACGUCAUUGAUGCGUCAAACGCCCGGACGCCCAAGACGAUCUGA